CUAGAAAAACAAUCAUCAUUCUCGCUUUGAUCUCUAACGGUGCCGGGACAGAAAGAAAAACGACGUCGUAUUGCACUUUUCCUUUCCCACCAACGUAGCCACGCCAAGUGCAACAACGACUUAUUGGACCGGAAGUAGGUGGGAAUGUUGAGGGCCCAAGAGUUGGUCGCAGCUUCGAUUUCAAUUUGCUGUCGAUCCAGUCAGUCGUUGGAGUUUGACUCGGCAUCGAGUGGAUUUAGCUUUUGUAACAUUCUUUUCCUUUCAUAAAGCGAAGCGAACUGCUGAAACGAAAGCGAGAUCGGAUUGCGUUUUUCUUCUGCUGGGUGGUCUUUACUUUCCAAGUAGAAAUAUUGUUGCCAACCGAACAUUACCGGUGGAAAGUUUAUAAAUCGCGAGAAAACUCGACAUUGAAGUUGACAAAACGGAUGAAAUGGCUGCACAUAAAUGGCGCGAAAAUCCUCCCGAUUGGCGAAGGGAUGUUAAAGGUGGAUUCACCGGUAAGACAGCAACUGUAUCGGCAGUUACGCGAUCUUCUUACGAUUCAAAUGCAAGUGCGGAUGGAGGAAGUGAUGGCAGAGUGAGAAGAGUGCGGUACAGCUUUAAACGCGAGCUGUUCCAAUUGUGGAACACCAUAACGACACAUUGCUAUCGACAUUUGGUGCAAAAGGAUCGAAGCAUUUGGGAAAGAUUGAUGUGGCUGCUGAUCCUCAUCGUGGAAACGUUCGCCCUCAUCGCCAUCCUCAUCAGUGCCUGGAACAGUUUCACGUCUAACCCUCUGAUCACCACUCUGCACGACACCCUCUACCCCAUCAAGUACGUUCCCUUCCCGGCCAUUUCCCUGUGCAACAACAAUCGCAUAUCCCGCUCGGCUGCAACGCACUACGCCGAAGAACUUGCCCGCAAGGAUCCGGAAAAACGGAACGUGAGCUAUUUCUUGGACCAGGUCGUUCUGCUUGGGAAACUGUACGACUUUGACUACGAAAAUCUACACCAGAUGACGCAGUUCCAGGAGUUCCUAGACGUGAACGACAUUAGCAACGCCUCGGGGAUGUACAAUGCGUUCGAUACACUGGUGAAGCUCUCACCCCGGUGCGAAGACAUGCUGCUGCGAUGCUUCUGGAAGAGCAUCGAGCUUCCCUGCAUGACGAAAAACGAUAUGAUUGAGGUAAGACGAACCCAGUACGGAUUCUGCUGUACUUUCAACUUUAUCGGCCACACCGAGGACAACGAGAUUCAUCCAUCAUCGUACUACUUGGACGUGACCGGACCGGAGAUGGGACUGGUGCUGCUGGUGAACGGAUCGGUCAACGACUAUUUCUACAAUCUCUUCAACAAUAUUGGAUUCAGCGUAAGUGUCACUGUGGAUGGGGAGAUACUUUGUGAGCUGCUGCAAAUAUUCAACCCAACUGAGGUUCCGGAUAUCACGUCGGGUGGCGUCAACGAGCAGUUCAUCCACCUAGGAACCGAAAGCUUCAUCCGAGUGGAUGCCAUCACAAUCAACAGCGAACCCGACGUUAGGGGUUACUCCAAGGAGAAGCGCCAGUGUGUUUUCCGCAACGAGUUGCUCAGAUACGGCGGUCGGUACGGAAGGAGUAACUGUGUGGCCGCAUGCCGCAUCCGGUCGGUGGUGGCCCUCUGCGAGUGCGUCCCGUUCUACAUGCCGACGGCCGGUGCCGUCAGUGACCGGUCCAUAACCAUCUGUAAUCUGCAGCAUAUCGUCUGUUUGAACAAGUACAAAAUAAAAUGGUCCACCGUCAUCACCAACAUAGUGCAGAUUCCGGGCCUGGAGAAGGAGAUGGAGGAAUCGCUUUACUGUCCGGAGUGUUUGCCGUCAUGUUCGGACAGCAAGUACCAAAUAUCAGCCACUGAGUUGCCCCUGAUUCGGACAAGGCGGAAAGGAUUCAGUGUCACUCACGGCAUCGAGGACGUAUCGGAGGUCAGCGUGGUCCGCAUCUUCUUCGGCCAGCCGGAAACGUGGAUGUACAAGCAGGAUGUGGCCUACUAUUGGUUCGAGAUAUUCAGCAAUUUUGGCGGCAUGUGCGGUAUCAUGGCUGGCCUCUCGCUGAUAAGCAUAACGGAAAAUGUUUACUUUAUCCUCAGACAGUUUGUGUUGAUUUUUCUGUCCCGUUCCAAAUGGUUACAACGGCGUCAACAUCAGCGGCGUCGCAACCGCCUUGCACUGGAAAUGCUGGACUGAUUCGCCACUGUCCAUCAUCGAGUCCGAGUCCAAGCUGAGAGUAUGGUUUGAAUAAUGGUGUGAUAAUGGAAUGGGCCCAGCUGUUGUUGCGCGCCUACAUUUAUGCACUGAGCACUCGACCGGAUAAUGGCACGAUAAUAUGCACCGGAUAUCGGUUGGUCGAAUCAACGAGAACCGCACAGACACGUCCUACCAUCGCAGCAAAAAGGAUGGCACUCAACGGCAUAUUUGCCAACCGACAACGGGAGCACAUUGUUGAUUAAAAUUUGAUUAACAUUUACCACUUUGGCGUUUUACCUGUUUGAUCAGCACUUUGGCGAAAGGCAGAGGCCACGACCCGCCAGAAUGUAUACC